AUGGCUCUCAGCUUCUUUAGUGGCGGCGGGAGCGCAAGCAACGCCAAGUACUUCGAUAUUCGAUUGAAUGACGACUACAUCGUCUUCCGCGGCAGCGAACAUGAGGCUGCCAGCGCCCACCUGAAGGGGACCCUGGUGCUGUGCUUAUCGGAGCCCCUCGCCAUCAAGCAUAUCCGACUACAGCUCACCGGCAUGUCGCGAGUCUGCUGGCACUUGCCAUCCAGUUCCACCGCCGGUGGCCGCAAAUCAUGGCGCGAACGAGUCUUUUACGACAAGACCUGGCGAUUCCGAGACCCAGGCAAAGGCAAGACCGAGAUCUUGGCCGCAGGCAACUACGAAUACCCGUUCGACGUCGUCCUUGAGGGUUCCAUGCCAGAGAGCGUGGAAGGUCUGUCGGAGACGUGGGUCAUGUACCGAUUCAAGGCUGAGAUCGGGCGCAAGUACGCCAAAGACAUUGUGGCGCGCAAGCCGCUGAGAAUUAUCCGAACACUGGACCCUAGUGCACUGGAACUGUCACAUGCAAUGUCGGUCGACAACAUCUGGCCCAACAAGAUCGAAUACUCCAUCAGCACGCCAACUAAAGCGGUCAUCUUCGGAACCUCCAUUCGCGUUGAUUUUAAACUCAUCCCUCUCCUGAAGGGCCUACGCAUCGGCCAGAUUACGUCACAGCUGAUCGAGAGCCACGACCUAACCCUUAAUCCGGAAGAUCCCGACUCCAUCCGCAACACUUACAAAAUCACCCGAACCAUCCUCACCGAUGAACAUGAGUUGAUGGAUGAUAGCCUCGAGAUCAUCGACGAAGCGGCGGAGGGAUACCAAUUUACCCGGUAUCUGGACAUGCCGCAAACGCUUACCCGGUGGAUUAAAAUUCGGCACAAGCUGAAGUUCCGCAUUCAACUCCACAAUCCCGACGGACACAUUAGCGAGCUGCGUGCGACCCUCCCGGUCUCGAUCUUUAUUUCCCCGCACAUCGCCAUCGAUGAGAACAACAACAUCCGCGAUGCCACCCCGCAGGCAACCCGGCGAGCGGCCGACGAUCUAGCCCAGCAGGCUCCCCCUCUGUACGGAGAUCACCAGUUCGAUCAGCUUUACAGCGAGCUGGACCCCAAUGGAUACCGUACACCAGGACCAGGCAGUGGCGGACCAGGAACACCUUUUGGCCCGCUCAGCCGCAACAUCUCUGCAGAAAAUCUGGCGUCUAUGAAUGCGUUGACCAACACCGACAUUUCCGCCUCCGCACUACAUACUCGCCUGACAAACCUCAACUCGAACAGCGUCAACCACUCCCCCAACGAGCCCGCUCACGAGUCUCCCACGGAGAGCCAUCCCAAUUCUCGCCAGCUUAAUGUUCACUUUGGGGAUUACUUCGGUCCCGCUUCUGGUUCGACCUCUCACAGUCCCGGUAGCCCCGAGCUUUCACGGCGGCCGUCGGACGAGGUGGACCAUGAUCCGAUCCCGUCCGGCAUGGCCACCCCAUUUCACCCUCAAUAUGCUGAGGUCGAGACGUUGAGCCGAGUCCCCAGCUACUCGACAGCGGUGCGCGCUGCGGUUGGUCCCUGUGACUCCCAGCUUCCCGGUUACGAGGCAGUCAUGGCUAGCAGUCUGCCCACGACUCCGGUCUUGCAAUCGCCUCAACAGGCCUACCUGCGAAGUGGCCGGACUAGUGGUCGAGCCAGUGGCUUCACUACUCCGCCCACUCCGUUAGAGGUGAAUCGACCCGGCUACCUCCACUUUCAGGGCACCAAUGCUGAUGAUGUGGACCGCAGGCUCCGUUUAGUACAAGCGCGCGCUAGAGCAUGA